AUGAAGUCCAAUGUAGCCCCUAUUCCUUCCGGACCUCCAGACCUCCUGUCCUCUGUACCUCUGGACAUCCUGUCCCUCAUACCUCCAGGUAUCCUGUCCUUCAGACAUUCCGCCCUCCGUACCUUCAGACAUUCCGUCCUCCAUACCUCCGGACCUCCUGUCCUCCAUACUCUGGACAUCCUGUCCUCCUGUCCUCCGGACCUCCUAUCCUUCCAUCCUAACUCUCCCAUGCUCUUCUGGACAUUUCCUGCACUCCUCUGGAAGUCCUCCCGCACUCUCCACCAGAGUAGCCAGCCUCCAGAAGUCCUCCAGACUUCGUCAGACCAUCAUUGGACUUCCUCUGAAAUGAAGGGCACAUACUCAGCAUGGUUCUUAACACCUCUCGUUGAUGCCUCUACAUCUGAAAUCAACUCUAACCCUACUCAGGCUACUCCUCUUGUCGACACCUCUACAUCCGAGAUCAACUCUAACAUCACCGAGGUGUUGUCGGACAACACAACACCUCCCUCCAUACCAUCGAGCACCCAUGCAGCUUCACUGGCUGUCAAGGUUGAAUUUGUUAAUCAUACCAAGACCACAAUCGUGAUCGAUGCCAAGCCUGAUACCAUCAAGAAGCGCCAGCCAAGCACCAAGCCAAUGCGGGUGAGCGCAAAGAUUACUGCACAGAACUUGUGCACUCUCAACUGGCAAUCAGACGGCCAUCAAAAGGAACCAGCAUCUGUCUUCGCAUCUUACUGGAAUGGGUUGUCUAAAGCCGACAAAGAGGUCUACAAGUGCAAAGCAGAUGCUCAACUCAAAUCAGCUGGAGUCAGCACUACCAGCAAUGAUGUGGAGUAG